AUGACUCCUCUAAUGUUUAUAGGCUUUGUGACAUAUCUGGUCCUGCAAACAUUGGCUUAUUUGGAAGCUCAGACACCAUCAUCAUAUUUGCAUUUUGAAUCGGUUUACAUUGGCUCCAACAUCACUUUAAAGUGUUCCUAUAAAGAAACUGAUGGAGUGGUUUUCUACUGGUAUAAACAAACUCUGGGGCAGAAACCACAACUAAUAUCUGAGGUUUUUAAGUAUAGGAGAAAUGGCUUACUUAAAGGUGAAAUUUGGAAUGAUUCACGGUUUGACCUGGAAUUUGGCAACGAUAAAAACCACUUGAAGAUCUUCAAUGUGCAAAUGUCAGACUCAGCUACUUAUUACUGUACAGGAAUUGAUGCAUAUGUGUAUGAAUUUAUAGAGGGAAUUAUAGUCUAUGUAAAGGAAUCAGAUAAGAACAUUUGGACAUUGGUUAAUCAGUCCAGGUCUGAGACCAUCCAGUCAGGAGGUUCCGUGACUCUAAGCUGUGCAGUACAAACUGUGAUCUGUGAUGGAGAACACAAUGUUUACUGGUUCCACAACUCUGAAGAAUAUCUCCCAAGAAUCAUUUACUCUCAUGGAGCCAGUGCUGAUAACUGUGAGAGGACGCCAGCCACACAAACACGCAGCUGUGUGUAUAGUCUAACUAUAGAGAGUCUGAAUGCAUCCAAUGCUGGGACCUACCACUGUGCUGUUGCUUCAUGCGGACUCAUUCUGUUUGGAAAGGGGAUGAAACUGGACUUUGAAAAAAAGUUUGACUCCCCUGUCCUGCUGUAUGUCUUGAGUGGAACUUCAGCAUUCAGCAUCAUCCUGGUGUUUUUCCUGGCUUAUAAACUGUUCAAGACCAAGUCCUGCAAAGGUAAAGGGUACGAGGAUGCAGAUAAUCUCCAUUAUGCUGCUCUAAGCCAUAGUAAGGUCAGCAGAUCAAGAGGUCAGAGGGACAACCCCAACCAAAGUGUGUACUCUAGUGUGAGGCAUUAG